AUGAAUCCAAUUUCUACGGAAAGCAAUGAGAAAAGGUUACUACAUAGGUCAACUAAAAAUAAAUUAAAAAUAAAAUUAGUUGAAUCGACAAUCAUUUUACAUGGAUCACCUGAAGAAUCAUUAGGUUGUUUUUUGAGAGGUGAAUUGAUUUUAAAUUUAGCUAAACUAGCAAAAAUCAAAAGACUUGAAUUGAAAUUUCUUGGAAAAAUCAAAUUAUUCAUUCCACAUACAACAGGAGAAAUAGCAGCGAGUAAUAAUUAUAUAGAAAAGGAAGUAAUUUCUCACAAUUGGACAUUUAUUGAUCAACCACAAGAUUUAAUCAAUAAUGAAGAUGAUGAUUCGUCCGUUCACAAUAAUAAAAGUCUUACAUCAAGAUUAUUUCAUUCACUUUCGAAAUCUUCAACUUCAAAGAAAUCAUUCAAAUAUCAUCAUGUAUUAUCAAAAGGAAUUCAUACUUUUCCUUUUGAAUUAUUUCUUCCUGGUACACUUCCUGAAUCCAUUAACACAAAUAUUGGAAAGAUCAAUUAUAAAGUAACGGCAAAAGUUACCAAAUCCGGAAUCUUUUCAAGAAUACGGAAAUCGCAAUAUGUCACCAUAUUACGCACCAUAUCGGAUGAGUGGAAUCAAGGAAAAGUCGUUUCAAAUGAUUGGAAUGAUCUUUGCAGAUAUGAGAUUUCAUUUCUAAAGAAAGCGUUUCCUAUCGGUGAUUGUGUGAAAAUAGAUUUGAAAUUGAUGCCUAAAGAUAAGGUUAAAUUAGACCUUCAAUAUGUUCAUAUAGAUUUGGUUGAGAGAUCCGUUUAUAAUAUAACAUCUGAUUCACAACAAAGUUUGCAGGAAAGCACAAUCUGCGGAAUCAAAAUCAAUGAUUUUAUAAAAGAAUGGAUUGAUAAAGAUUCUAAUAAUUUAAGUUCUCAUAUAUUUAAUUAUGACAAAAAUGAUUUUCAACAACAAAACGAGGAUGUAGAGGGGAUUGAUGAAUCAUUAGAACUAUGUUAUCACGAAACGAUUUCCUUUAGAAUACCAAAUUUACCUUAUAUCAUUCAUCCUUCUUAUACUUCGGAUCCAAUUACAAUCUCUCAUGAAUUAAGGUUCUUAUUUAAUAUCAAGGUUCAUGGAAAAAAUCAAUCCAAAAUAAAAAAAUUUAAACUUAUCAUCCCGAUUAUAAUUUUAUCUGCUAUAUGUAAGGAUGAUGUUUUACCUUUAUAUGAUGAUAGCGAUAAUGAUUCUUUAAUUUCGAAAAAUUCUUGGGAUGAAAUCUCUUUGGAUGAUAUUUCUUCACCUCCUAGUUAUGAAUCUUCGGUUAGCGAUGGUCGAAAUGGUAGUUUUGUGAACUGUGAGGUUUACAAUGAUGACGAUAAAAAGUGA